UCAGCACUGAAGUGAGCGAAGGUCCAACAGAGAGGCUGCCAGAGCAGAAAAAACAAAUAUCGAUCUCAACGUGCUUGUAUCGAUCCGAUACCCAUACUAACUUUGGUAUCGAUACUAUCGAUAUUCGGAUCAAUCCGCCCACCACUACUCAGAGGACGCUCAAACUGCAGCAUGGCACCCGCGGCGGCGCUGCUCCUGCUGUCCACGACUACCGUGUGGAGCCUGGCGGCGGCCGAGAGGAAGCUGGUCUUCGUGACCGUGCUGUUUCGUCACGGCGACAGGUCCCCGAUUCAAGCCUACCCCACAGACCCGUACCAGGAGAGCAGCUGGCCCCAGGGCUUUGGUCAGCUGUCACAGGAGGGCAUGAGGCAGCAAUUCGAGUUGGGCCAGUUCCUGAGGACUCGCUACAAAGACUUCCUGAACGAGUCGUACGACCGGCACGAGGUCUGGGUCCGCAGCUCGGACUACGAUCGCACCCUGAUGAGUGCCCAGGCCAACCUGGCAGGCCUGUACCCUCCCAGCGGGCACCAGGUCUUCAACCCGGAUCUGAAUUGGCAGCCCAUCCCCGUGCACACGGUCCCUCAAGACCAGGACCGGCUCCUGAUAUUUCCUCAGAAAGACUGUCCGCGGUACAGCCAGCUCAUGAACGAGACGAAGCACACUGAGGAGGUCCAGAACAUCACCGCCGAGUACCAGGACUUCAUUGAGUUUGUCAGCAAUAAAAGUGGACAGAAUAACACAUCAGUGGAGAAUGUGUUAACUGUGCAGGACGCACUCUUCUGUGAGUCCUGUCACAACAUGACUCCUCCGGACUGGGUGACGCCUGACGUCGAACAGAAGCUGUGUGUGCUCAAAGACUUCAGCUACGACGUCAUGUUUGGAGUUCACAAGCAGGUGGAGAAGAGCCGACUGCAAGGAGGGAUGCUUCUUGCUGAAAUCAUUAAGGAUCUUUCCCAGAUGGCGUCCUGGGAUCCCAAGCAGCGCCUCAAACUGAAGAUGCUGUCAGCGCAUGACACCACCCUGGUGGCGCUGCAGUCCAGUCUGAACGUGUACGGGGGGAAGCAGCCGCCGUACGCGUCCUGCCACAUGGUGGAGCUGUACCGGGAGGACGACGGCUCGCCGUCGGUGGCCAUGCUGUUCCGUAACGACAGCGGCGUCCCGCCGUACCCGCUGCAGCUGCCGGGUUGUGGGUUCUACUGCCCACUGGACCGCUUCCUCAACCUCACCGCGCCGUCCAUCUCCUCUGACCGGGACCGCGAGUGCCAGCUGCUGGCGGAGGGGGCGGAGUCAGGCUCUCAGGAAGAAGACCAGCAGACCAGCAGACCGGGCGGACAGUGAGCUGAAUGCAGUGGAGGGAUGAAGUCGGUCCUCUGAACCAUCCUGCUGUGGAAGACAAGAUGUUUUUUUAAUUUUCUCAAUAUUUUAGUCAUUUUAUUACAAUCAUUAACUGUGAUAAUGCAAUACCUUUACAAACCUGCAUUCAUCCCCACAUUCAGCUGCACCUCCCAGAAUCCCAUCCUGACCAGACCAGUCAGUAAAAAUAAUGAGUUCAGAUUGAAGUCAGAAGAAAUAAGGAUCAGGAUGUGUCUCAGAGAUGCUCAUGAAUCACAUCAUGUCUUCAUCUGCAAUCACCUUUAUGUUUGGUUCCCAAACUUCAAAACAUCCCUUUGGCUUGCCCUUUGUGAUGUUUGUCAGUCUUUUAAGUCCAACACUCCUGGAAUGUUCCCUUGUCGUAAUUUUCACUGCAGAAGGUCUAUACUCUUCCAACAGAGUGUGAUAGCUCUCCUAGCCUGAAGGAGUCCAAAGUCCACAGCUUUUCACUGUGUAGAGCUUUGUCCAAAGUUUUUGGGGAUCUUCCCUUCACAUGUAGUUUUGCAUUGGAUGGUAUCUGUAGCAUGACACAUGUCUGACAAACAUUUGUUGAGCUUUUUCCAGAAAUGAUGCAUCUUAUCACUAUCAGACCAUGGAGCAAGGUUCCUUUUUCCAUUCUACAUUUGUUCCAUCAUCCAGAGUGUUAGCAGACAGAUGCUGGAGUUUAAUGGCGUUCUGUACGUUCUCAUCACACAUUUCUAUUGUCAUCAAUGAAAUCUUUUGCAUCUUGUUGGUUCUGGUGACUUUAGACUUUAGACAGGCUUCACACCAAUCUGUUUGAUCAAUGUCUUGUGUAGAUCCAUUCUCCAGGCUUUUAUUGAUGUAAUGUUGAGUCAGAGCUGAAAUCCACUGACAUAUGUAGUUUUUGGAUCAUUGGCCUCCUCCUUCAUUUGUGUUUAUUUUGUUGGAGGUAGCAGACACAUGAUCUGUUUGUAUUUAGAAGAUAUGAACCUUUUAACUGUCAAUAGUCUGUCUUAACUGAAUCAUAUGAGAUGAUAAUAAAU